AUGAAAGCCACUUCUUUGAUACUUAUUUUAUUAGCUGUAAUUGUAAAAGUAAGCGCUACUUGUACAGAUGCUAAUGCUACUGCUGGGGCUUUUAUUGAUACUGGUUUUAUUUGCUACUGUAAUGCUGGUUAUUAUGGUACUUCUACUGAUUCUGUUUCUGGUGGAAGUUGCCAAAAAUGCCCAACUGGAACUAAUUCUGUUCUUGCCACUACCACCGGAACUCUUGUCACCUCUUGCAUUUGCAAUGAUGCUAACUCUGCCCUCAAUAAUGGUAACACUGCCUGCUAAUGCAAGGCUAACUUCUUCGGUACACCUAACCCAACUGCUGGUGGUGCUACUGGAUGUACAGCAUGCCCAACUGGAACAGCUUCUACUGCUGGUUCAACUGCUAUUACUUCAUGCUCUUGCAAUGACACUAAUGCUGCCCUAAAAGCUGAUAAUAUUUAUUGCGUAUGCAAGGCUAACUUCUACGGUACACCUAACCCUACUGCUGGCGGUGCUACUGGAUGUACAGCAUGUCCAACUGGAACAGCUUCUACUGCUGGUUCAACUGCUGUUACUUCAUGCUCUUGCAAUGAUACUAAUGCUACCCUAAAAGCUGAUAACUCUGCUUGCUUUUGUAAGGCUAACUUCUAUGGUACCCCUACUACUUUUGGUGCUAGUGGAUGUACUGCAUGCCCAGCUGGAACAAUCUCUGCUGAUGGUUAAACUGAUAAGUCUUAAUGCACUUGCCCAGAUGUUAACGCUUCCCUCAACUCCGCUACACCUCCUUCUUGCUAGUGUAAUGCUAACUUCUAUGGUACCCCUACUACUUCUGGUGCUAGUGGAUGUAUUACAUGCCCAACUGGAACAACCUCUGCCGCUGGUUCAACUACUAAGUAUUCUUGCGCUUGCCCUGACACUAACGCUUCCCUCAACUUUGAUAUUCCUCCUGUUUGCUAAUGCAAUCCUAACUUUUAUGGUAUCCCUACUACUUCUGGUGCUAGUGGAUGUACUAUAUGCCCAUUAGGAUAAACUGCUCCAGCUGGUUCUGUUACUAAUGUUUGCGGAGCUGCUUUUACAUCUUCCACAUACAUUUUAUCCAUAGUUUCAUUGCUUUUCUCUAUAGUUAUGCUUAUUUGA